AUGUCGGAUUUUAAACAAGCGAGUAAUAUAGCCAUGGGGGAAACAAUAAAUAAAUUAAUUAGAGAUAAUAUUACCCUGGGUAAUAUGCUCACGUGCAUACAAGAAACUAUAGAAGAAGCAAGAAAAAAUUACAAUACGAUUCACAGUCAACUUUUGGAAGCUGAAAACAAAAUUUUAAAACAGAGAAACGAAAUCAAAUUAGAAACUGUUGAAACUUUGGUAAAAGUUCAAGAAGAUUUAUAUGAAAGAAUAAAACAUUGUAAAAAACUAGUUAAAAUUAAUAGAAGACUUCAAAGGCAAAUAACUGAAGAAGAAUGUAAAUUAAAAGAAAAAAAUGAAGAUUUUAAAAAUCUCACGAAAAUAUUAGACAAUACGGAACAAAAAUUUAAUUCUGUGACUAAAAUGUUUGCCGCCAUGCAAAAAGAAGUUGUACAAUUAGAAUUUUCCAUUUUUGAAGUUGCAUUGAAAGUUAAAGAAGCUAUCGAAAUAGAAGUAAGAUAA